ACGGAUUGGUAUCCUGUAUACUUGUUCUUCGUGGCGGUGUUUAUGGAGCUUUCGGCUUUCUUCAUCGUGGGCCACUUUGUCGAGCUUAAGGUUGACGAAUUGUAUAACGUCAUUAUCUCCACAUCUUGGUACCGGAUGCCCAAGGAACAUCACAAGGAGUUUGGUUUUCUGCUAUUUCGCCAGCAGCGACCACUCGUCCUGACAAUGUAUGGAUUUGCGCCAGUCAAUUUCGAAUCAUACUCAAGCGUUUUGAAAAAACUGUACCAGUUUUUUGUAUUGGUCAUGCAGUACGUCGAUUAA